CUGCCAUUUCCGAGGAUCCCCUCCCCACCCCCCUCACCCCCGCCUCCGGCAACCAGCCCCAGCCCCGGCGUGCGGGGGCAGAGCCUGAAUCGCGGCUCCGGGGGAAGCUCGGGCGGGGCGGGGACGAGAGGCAGAGGGGUCUGCACGCCCCGCUCCCGCCCCUCCAGCCGCUGCCGGAGCCGAGCCGAGCCGAGCCGAGCCCCGCCGGCCUGGGAGUCGCCGCCGCCCGAACAGGAAAUUUGAAGAAAACAACUCUAUCCUGCCAAGAGCGCUGGGUUCAAAGAAUUGGCGUUUUCCAGUGAGCAGCAUCUUUCAGAAACGUUCCUGACCCCUCGCCGAGCUGAACACGUGUGUUGCUGCGCUGGUCGGGUUUGGAGACGGAGCAUGGUUUUGUGGAUUUCCCACAGGAAAAAAAACGCAUCUUUAUUGUUGAAUUUGUAAAGUAUCUGAACCAUCUGUUCCGAUGAGGCUGACAGCAGAGGUAACCACAGGCACAGAGGGCAACGAGGAUCAAUAACCAAUUCCCCGGCUAGUCGUGGGAGACGCACGGAUGACCUUCCAGAAUAAAUAGCCAAGAUGGUGUGUUAAGUACCCAUGGUUAAAUGAUGCUGCCGUGUUGCUGAAGGCCUUUCCUUCGCGGGUGCUGGCGUGGGACUGCUGCGAGCCUGGCCUCUCCGUGGUUGCACGGCUCUUCUGCUGAGGCCUCCUGCAUGCCCCUCUGUUGCAUGCUGGAUCGCUGGGCGGUAGUUUCAAAGGAUGCCCACGUAAUUUCUGGAUGCCGAAGCCGGCGGGUGGUGCUGCAUUCCCUGCCACCGUUGCCGCCUUCUCCUCCUCUGCUGGGAUUGAUCAUCUCCUAUUCUUUGUGUUGUCUCUCAAGUAGUUUUCAAAGGGUCAAAUAUUUUCCAAAAACAGCUCUCCAAAAUGACAAGCCUGUUCCGGAGGAGCAGCAGCAAUGGCAGCUCAAGGAACAGCUCUUCUGCUCAGGAGCUCAAUAACAGCCGGCCCAGCCGGCAGGUGCGGCGGCUGGAGUUCAACCAAGCCAUGGAGGACUUCAAGACGAUGUUCCCCAACAUGGAUUACGACAUCAUUGAAUGUGUCCUGAGGGCCAACAACGGGGCUGUGGAUGCCACCAUUGACCAGCUCUUGCAGAUGAACUUGGACGGCGGUGGCUAUGACGACAGCUCGGACUCUGAUGACAGUAUCCCCCCCGAGAUUUUGGAGCGGACUCUGGAACCAGACAGUUCGGAUGAAGAGCCCCCUCCCGUGUACUCGCCCCCUGCCUACGACAUGCACGUGUUUGACCGGCAGUAUCCCCAAGCUCCUCCCACCCCUCCUCCCAGAAUUGAUAUCCAGACUUCUGCUGGCCCUCCCGCGCAGCGGCGGUACAGGAACUGGAAUCCACCGCUCCUAGGCAACCUCCCCGAUGACUUCCUUCGCAUCCUCCCGCAGCAGAUCAGCAGCGUGCAGAGCUCACAAAGCUGCCAUCAGUCGCUGUCAUGUGAGAGCAGCCAGAGGUCCCAGGGCUCGCUGGAGCAAGAGAGGAAGUGGAAGCAGUACCUGGAGGACGAGCGCAUUGCCCUCUUCCUGCAGAACGAAGAGUUCAUGAAGGAGCUCCAGAGGAACCGGGAUUUCCUCCUGGCCCUCGAGAGAGAUCGAUUGAAAUAUGAAUCAAAAAAAUCCAAGUCAAGCAGCGUUGCCGUCAGCAACAAUUUCAGUUUUUCUUCUGUAAUAUCAGGUGACGUAGCUCCCUCCGUAACCAGUGAGGCCAGCAGUGCUGUGUCUGAAGAUGCCUUAUUCAGGGACAAAUUGAAACACAUGGGAAAAUCUACACGCAAGAAGCUGUUUGAACUCGCCAGGGCUUUCUCAGAGAAGACCAAAAUGAGGAAAUCAAAAAGAAAACACUUGUUGAAGCACCAGGUGCUGGGGACCGGGGCAUCCACGGCUAAUCUUCUUGACGAUGUGGAAGGACACUCGUGCGAUGAAGACUUCCAAGCAAGGCGGCCGCAGCUACACGAGGAAGAGGAAACACCGAAAGAAGGGCAAUAAGUGAUCCCAGAUCCAUUACCCGAAUUGGGCUUUGUGGCUGGAAGAGAACUUAUCAAAGGCUUAAUAAGAAGAUGACUGAACAGGAGAGAAAAAGCAGUCCCUUGGCUGUUUUUUCUUCUCCCCUGCUGUUGUACUCUUGUGAAGUACAGGUAUUAAAAUGAGGCACAAUGUUUUCUUACCAGGGGUUUGAAAACACCUUUUCCUCUUUAGCAAAUCCAGCCAAAAAUCAGCAGCUGAUCUGAGUUUUUCUCAAUCGCUGCUGUGAAGAUAGUGGAUGUCAAGCUUAUGGGAGUAAUGGUCGACUCCUCACACUCUGAUACAUGUGCUGUUCUGAUAUGAAUUCAAAACAAUAAUAAUAAUAAUAAUAAUAAUAAUAAUGCAGCCAAACCUGAGCCCUGGCUCAAUCAUUUUUAAACAUAUCUCCGUAGCAGUGUAAUCUUACUCUACGCACACGAAAAAAGACCUACAAAAUGUUGUUGUUUGCCGCUAGGGGUAAUGAGCUGGGAUUCAGGUCAGGUAUUGGUCAAUAUGAAUUCUCUUUUAAAAGAAAAGGCCUUCUUCUUUUUAUUUUUUUCCAGACAUCUUACUUUGGAUGCAACCUUUUGCCUCAGGCAUUGAUCAAAACUGCCUUGAAACAUGCACAAAGCUGGGACUGUGUUUUUCUGUCCCAUGUACAACCUUCUCUUGCUUUGUGUUGCUGCUCCCAUGAUAUUAUGGUACCAUUCCCGAGCUGGGAUGAAGGGUGGAUGGGGUGGGUGGAUUUUGGAGCAGUUUCAUUGUCAUGGCUGAUUUCUCAACUAGAAUGCGUCUCAUGAGGUCUUGUUUGGAUUGGGGUAACGUUCGUGCCAGCUGGCUUCUCCCUCGGCGGCAGAAAGUACGCUUGAUGAGCAUGGUUUUCGAUGGGCUGGGAGUGUAGAUGGGGCCUUGUUUGAUUUUCCCCUCUGAGCUUGUUCAUCACAAGCCAAAUCCUAUUGAAUGGGCAGUUUAGCUGUUGGGAUCAGGAUUUGGCCUCAAGUGAGAUGCAAAUGGCUCCUCGCCCCUGGGUCCCACCUGGUCCUGGCACAUCUGUGCAGAGACCUGGCCAGGAGUUUUCAGAGCAUGAGAAGGUGUGGUUGGCUCGGAGUUUAUUGGCUUCUUUGGAGGGAGCUUGCAAUCCCAUGUCACAGCCGAGUGCUGUGAAGGACUGGAAAAGCAACACUAAGAUCAUUUUAGCUGAAGGGGGAACUGUCAGGCCAAAAUAAUCCUCAUGCGUUCGAACCACAGGGUCGAUUGUUUAGUGCGAAAUAGCUCCCAUGAGCCAAUUUUGCCUCUCUCUGGCAAUAUUGUCUAUUCUCAGCCCGGCCAGCAAAAAGAAACCAGUCAAGUUUCUCUUUCUGGCUCUCAUGCACUAGCACAAAUGUUACGACAUUUGGGUUGCAAAUGGAGCAGGAGGACGAAGAAAUCCAAGCAAUCAAACAAACAAAAAGCUGUUUUCAUUGCUUUUCUAUUGGGCUUUGGAACAAAAGCCCAGGCUGCGGGCUUUCAGUCUCCCUUUGGAAAUCUGCUUCAGAAUCUGUAGGCCUUUGAAGCGUGUGCCAAGUUCGAUGCUUUUUAAAAGUUGCUGAGCAGGAGGAUUCUUGCUCCAUGCACCUGGUGCUCAAUCAGCCUAUACUCUCGCUGCCUGCAGACUUAGAAAAACGAGGGUGGGAGAGGGAUGUUUGGGAGAUGCCAUUAAGACCAACUCAUGCCCUUAGUGGGGAAGAGCAUGCACACACGCACAUGCAUACGUGCACAUGCACACACACACAUGCAUACACUUGCGUCAGUCUCUCAAGUGACGCAUCCUUGUGGUGUGGAACGUUAUUUGGACGCUUCCUUCGGAUCUCAGCUAUCUUGGGUACGUGGUUUCCUGCUCAGAACCUGAGCCGCUUCGAACCCCGAACAGUAUGGUUCCCUCAGGCACGAUUAAGUCACAAAGUGGACAGCCGUUGUGGCCCUCCACCAAUUCUUAGGGUCCUCAGGGCCCACCCUUCCAGCGAGGAGCCUGGUCUUGGCAUCUUCACCAUUUUCUUUUUAAAGGCCAGGGAGAGGCGCAUCAAUGAGUCCUUUGGUAAAAUCCCCUGAAUGGAAGGAGAAACAUUCCCCCUCCAAAGCUAGAAAAGCUCCAGAUGACGUCAGGCUUGCUUAGAGGAGAGUCCAGCGGUUUGGAGUCUGCUGGACUAUGCAGGAUGUGAGGUUCCAGGAACGUGCUUUGCAGGCUUUUAAGGGAAAGGAUAUGACUAAGGUGCCAGAUGCCCGCAGCUCCCUGUGAAAUCAGCAGGCUCUGUAGUGCCGAGUGCCAUUCAGGAUAAAGUCCCACGUUUGGAAAGUGUGCGUGUGUGUGCAUGCAUGUGCACAUGUGUACGCACAUGCGGAUUGCUGAGUGUGAAGCUGGAACCGUGCCACUGGAAAUAGAAUGGCUUUUGCAACAGGGAGAGACUUUUUUAUAUAUUCCUCAGCCGAGAAUAGUUAAGGCUGUUUUUUUGUCCCUUUUUUCCCUUUUCCUAUCGUCAGUUGGCUCCCUGUUUAAUAAGUGUUUGCCUGUUCCUCUCUCCCAAUCCAAAGCGGCUCUGCCUGUUUGGAAGCGAACCAAGCUUGGAAUUAAAUCAGCUUGUAAACGUUCCAGCGCCUCUUGGCUACCAAGGGCUUAACUCUGAGCUAAGUUUCCAUCAACGCGAAAGGCAUGAACAGAUGAUCAAACAGAAGCUCAGACUCUUGCUGGUAGGAAAUUUUACAGCCUGUCCCAAGAGAGGAGCAUUUUUCUUAGGCAGGCUGGUCUCCGGGCAGUCCGCUGCUUGAGGGAUGUGGGGCAGGGGAGAUAACAAAGCACCUGUCCCUCCGGACAUGUGUUGUAUGUUUACAGCCGGCCCGGGUGCUCAGUGUAGUGCAAGGCCCCCCGAAGUCUUCUCCCAGCAGAGUGUCCCUUGUCGUCUUGUGCAAUCGGGUUGUACAACAGCCGGGCUGCAAGGAGUCAUGGUAACUAACAUGACGUUCAACACGAUUUAGCAAUCUGUAGACAAGGACAAGUCAGCUUACUGUCACAUCAUCUAAUCGCGGGUAAUGCUACCCGAAGCACGGGAUUAACCACAGCUAGGUGGUAAAUACAGUUUGUUCCUGCCUAGACUGACCGCUAGGACAUCAAGUUCAUGUACGCAGCUCCUUAGAGUCAUGUUCUCCACAUAACCUUCAUGUUGCAGUGGAUAAAAGACCAGAGGCAGCUGGCUGCCCCCUCCUCCCUCUCUUUGGGCUGAUCUCAAGCUGUCUUCAUUAUGGCUAUAAGCUACUAAGCAUCCUUUACUCCCUUCGAAGCCAACUUUGGAGCCUCUUGCAUUGCAGGACAUCCCAUCCUGAGGUCUGAUUCUCCAUAGACCCAAAGUGUAGAUAUUAAAAAAAAAGCCAAGCAGAGUAGAGAGCGUUUAGUGUGUUUAAGAGACUGAUUCACUAAAGUGAGUGGGAGAGGACUAAGGUCGUUACACAGCAUUCUUUAAUUGUGUACAAUGGGUGUCAGGCUUCGAGUGAGAUGUAAAGGCGCUUUGGCGCACGUUGCUCAACAUGUGCUAGCUACUACGAGUUCUUCGUACGCAUGGUUCAGGAAGGGGUUAGUGACCUGCGGUCCACAGACCAUACCUGCCCCACCAACUGAUUGCAUCUGGCCAAAGAAGCCAGAACUUCGGCCGCAAUUUGGCGGCAGGGGAUGUUGACGACACCGCGGCAAGGGGGGGGACGUCGGACCUAGCUCCAUUGAUUCAGCCCAUCGCUCCUAAAAGUUUGCUGAUCUCUGCUUUAAGGCACACUGCCUUGUCUGUGUCUCCGUAGGAUGUGUCGGCUAAUCCAAUCUAACAGCAAACCGUACGAGCUCCUACUUUAGACAAAGCCGUUCGGAACGACGUAACCUGGUAGCCAUUUCAAAACGUCCAGGGGGUAUAAAGUAUUGCCAUAGCAGAAGAAGAGUGAUUCUCCCCCUCUCCUUUUUUAAAAUUCAGGUAUAACAAAUGGAAAGGCUGCUAUGAAAGGCUUGAAAGCCAAAUCGCAUUUCUUCUAUAACAAUGUACAAUACUCAGUGACAUUUGUAUUGCUUCUCUACAAAACGAACAAAAACCCUCCCCAAAAUAAAACAAAAAAGACUUCUGUGACGUUUGUGAGUGUUGCUAUUUUAGAAUUUAUUUCCAUAAGUGAUUUUUUUUUUCUUAAAGAUGUUUAAUAGUAAUUCAUAUAAUAAAGUCACGUUGUACUCUUA